UGGCCAGUGCAAGGAGGGGAGAGGCGAGAAGUGUUCAGCAGUCUUCAUUUCUCAUCCUUCAGCUGAUCUCCACACUGAUACAGAGAGCAAAAUGUGGGCAGCAGUCAUUUUCCUGUCUGGUGUGGUGACACUCUGCUCAGCCGCAAAAGGUUUGGGGGGCAAGGUGCUCCUGUUCCCUUAUGAGACCGACUUUAGCUUUGUGAAGCUGACCCCUCAGAAGCCUAUGGGUCUGUCUGCUUUCACGCUCUGCAUGCGCGUGGCCACCGAGCUCGAGGGAGAACGGCAGAUUAUCUUGUUCGCGUACCGCACGUCUGACUACGACGAGCUGAAUGUGUGGCGUGAGAAAGACGGCCGCAUGGCAUUCUACCUGAGUGGAGACGGCGCCUUCUUCCACCUGCCACCACUCACCACGUUCCGGACACACCUGUGCCUCACCUGGGCCUCGCGCACAGGUCUCGCCGCAUUCUGGGUAGAUGGCCGCCGAAGCGCGCUCCAGAUCUACAAGCCAGGCCAUUCAAUUCGUCCGCUGGGCACAGCGCUACUUGGACAGGAUGCGGACAAACACCUGGGUGACUUCGAGGCAGUCCAAAGCUUCGCCGGAGAGAUCACCGACCUCUGUAUGUGGGACUAUGUGUUGUCAGGUAACCAGAUUAAAGCAGUAUACUUCAACCAGGGACAGCGAGUGCCAACCCCAAACGUUUUUGAUUGGCAGACCAUAGAAUACGAUAUUCAAGGGAACGUGCUGGUCCUCCCUGAUGACUGACUAUUCCCAUUAAACCUGUCAAAUUCAUAUAACCUCACUCAAGCAUCCGCCUGUACACACGUCUGUGUAAGUGUUACCCUGUCUGCCAUCGUAUACAUUUCAAGGCCGUUCUAGGGCCAUUUUGUGAUAUGCUUAUUAUUGAACAGGUUAUAAUUUGAGCAUCUAAACAUCAAGCUCUUACAUGGUCCAGGACAUACCUGAGUAGAACACAAUCAUUAAUUUUUUCCACCAUCACGUAAUUCAAAAACUAAUUAAACAGUUUUCGUUAUUUUAUACUCAAUUCUCUACCUGUAAGCAUGGUCAACCAUGUCAAUGAAGCUAUAAUAUGAGUAAAAUUGGAUAUUUGGUGUAGGAGUUCAUUCAUAUGUGUAAUAUAACUUGUUUAAAGCUUGACAAAUAGGGUAGCAUUAACCAUCGACAUUUUUUUUUUUCAUUUUGUGUGAGCAUUAGAUUUUUUGAAAGUUACAAUAUCUGUAUGUACAGCCUUAUCCCACUUUUCUUAGGUUGUUAGGUUUUUAUUACUUGAAUUAGCCUCCAUUAGUACAAUUAAAUUAUAUUGAACUUAUACCUUUCCAGUCAUGAUGACAGUAAUUGUAAGUAAUUGCUUACUGGCCUACAGUAUGUUUAAAUGGAAACAAAACAAAACAACCAGCCAACCUCAGACCUUCAAGAGUAUUAUUUGAUCAAAUGAAUGUUUACCCCAUGUUUCAAAAUGGUGUGAUGCAAUUUAAUAAUCUUUGAUAAUAGGAUAUAGAAUGCAGUUAACAUUUAAUGUUCAACAUGAACACUACAAACAUCCCUAUAGAGCCUCUGUCUCUGAAACAGAUCCAAAACCUCUGGGAGAUCUGCACCAGACAAGGGCCAGAUUCGUUCUUGAACUAGUUUCUAGUAACCAAGUCCACAUGGCUUCACAAGAUGUGACCAGAGGGUGGCAGCAUUGUCAAGCUUUUAGUUUCUGUCCUGGCUUUGUGAGGGGUGAACAUCUCCAAGAUGUAUAAAAGUAUAAAAAGACUUGUUCGUUGUUGGCUUUCUUCUGAUUUUGCUCUCACCUGCAUUGUGGUCACUCUGUUAGGAUUAUUUGUGAAGGGACUGACUUUAAUAAUUCCACAUUUUUUGAACAUAUUUUUUUUCUUAUGAAUGUUAUACAUUGCAGGAAAAAAGAGCUUAGCCCUUUUCAUUGCAGAUUAAAGAAAGUGACUGUGUUCCAACUGAAAGAGUGAGGAUGUUGAGGAUGACAUGCCAAUUAGAGAGGUCAGCUCUGUACUUUGAUGUAAAACGAACCGAAACAAAAAUAAAUAUAGAUAUAUGAAUCUCUGGAUUUCUUUCCUCAGUAACUUCAUAUGUGUAAUUUAAUUUGUGGACAGGAAAUACGGUACUGUGGACAGGAAAUAUGGUAUAUAAGCAUGUAAUAAUAAUAAAAAAUAAUAAUGAUAAUAAAAGUUAAA